UCCUAGCUUUCCUUAAUGUCUCAAGACAACAAUCUUCGAGGACCAAUAUCGAUAGGUACAGCUUCGGUCUUCUGCAUAUGAGGGAAAGCCAAGGUUGAGCAGAAUGCUGACAUAGAAUGUGGUGGUCUACGGUGUUCAAUACUUUCUAGAGAUAAACUAUUAGUUUUCAAUUCGCAACAGAUAUAUAUCAAAGAUGACUCUAUUGGAUAUUAGAGAAGCCUGAGAACUGAGAGAACGCCGGACUGGAGCUGCCCGAACACAAGCAGAGAGGGAUGCCGACGGCGGCGGUUCGAGAGAGCGCCGAGAACGAAGACUGAACGUCGAACUGAGAAGAGAUCGCCGGAAAAACAGAGCUGAGAUGGAUCGCUGGAAAACUGCGAACAGAAACCAGCCGGGACGACGAACUGGAGCUGAGAGAGACUGCGCCGGAGAUGGAAAAGAACUGCCGGAUAACUGAGUUAUGAUGGAGACGAUGCCAGAGCUGCUGUGGGUACCGAAACUGAGAGCUGCAACUGAGCUGGGAGGAGAGAUAUGACGCCGGCGACUUAACGGUGCACGGAGAUGAGGCCGGAGAAGGUGGAAGACGCCAAGAACUGAGAACAAACAAGAGACUGAGAGACUGCCGGAGAGGUUGAGCGUACGCCGAGCGAAAGGGUCUGGCCGGAGAAGACAACCGGACUGAGACAACGCCGAUAGAUGCUGAAAAAAAAACAGGGAGUCGAGAGACAGAGACUCAGCGUGGUGUGACUGGCGUCGGCAACUUGCAGAUUCGCAGUGCAGAGGGCAGAAGCGAGAACUGAGAAGGUGACUGACACGGAAGGAAAUGAAGGUGGAGAAAAUGUUUUCUGAAAUUCCAUUCUCUUCUUCCUACAGCACUACUCAUUCUCCCACUCCCAAGUUCUCUAACUCCUUCGCUAACAGAAUUUUUUCAGAAGUUGCUGGAGACAUUACAAUUGUUGUUGAUGGAGUGUCUUUCCUCCUACACAAGUUUCCCCUGGUAUCUCGGAGUGGAAAGAUUAGGAAAAUGGUGGCAAAUGUAAAGGACUCAAAUAUGUCAAAAUUGGAGCUCUUUAAUUUACCUGGUGGGCCACAGACAUUUGAACUUGCAGUGAAUUUCUGUUAUGGCAUGAAUUUCGAGAUCAUGACUACAAAUGUAGCCCAUCUACGCUGUGCUGCGGAAUACCUAGAAAUGACUGAAGAUUACCGGGAGGAAAACCUCAUUGAACGAACAGAGACUUAUCUGAUUGAGGUUGUAUUUCAAAGUCUUGAAAAAUCAGUGGAAGUGCUAUCUGCCUGUGAGGCUUUACUCUCUAUAGCAGAGGAAGUGGAACUUCCUAGCAGAUGUGUGGAUGCUAUUGCCAUGAAUGCUUGUAAGGAGCAACUGGUAUCUGGUUUAUCUCGUUUAGAUUGUGAUGGCGGAUCUUCAGAACUGAAGGGUGGCUGCCUUGAGUGGUGGGUUGAAGAUCUCUCGGUACUAAAAAUUGACUUUUAUCAGAGAGUUAUCACUGCUCUGGACAGAAUGGGUAUUCGUCCUGAUAGCAUUACAGCUUCUUUAAUGCACUAUGCUCAGGCCACAUUGAAUGAUGUUGGUAAACGCCAAACUUGGGAUUCUGAAAGAAUAAAACUGAGUCCUGGCAUGGUGCAGAAUGACCAGAGGGCAAAGGUAGAAACUCUUGUGAAACUUAUGCCAGCAGAGAAAAGCUCAUCUAUUCCUCUUAGUUUCCUGUUUGGGAUGUUGAGGAUGGCAAUAACAGUGGAUGCAACCAUUGCCUGCAGGAUGGAGCUUGAACGCAGGAUUGGUUUUCGGUUGGAAAUGGUUUCUCUGGAUGAUCUGCUCAUACCAAACAUCCAUAGUGGAGAUUCCUUAUUUGAUGUCGAUUCUGUCCAUCGGAUACUUGUGAAUUUCCUGCAGCAGAUUGAAGAGGAAGAAAGUGAAGAGUAUGGGUUUGAAUCAGAAGGCGUUGGUUCUCCAAGCCACGGUUCUGUCUUGAAAGUUGGGCGGCUUAUUGAUGCAUAUCUAGCAGAAAUUGCUCCAGAUCCCUAUCUGACUUCACAAAAAUUCAUCGCCAUGAUUGAGAUACUGCCUGAUUAUGCUCGUGUCAUUGAUGAUGGGCUCUACAGAGCUAUUGAUAUAUAUUUGAAGGCCCAUCCAAUGUUAACUGAGCAUGAGUGUAAGAAGCUGUGCAAGUUCAUAGAUUGCCAAAAGCUAUCUCAAGAAGCCUGUCAUCAUGCAGCACAGAAUGAUCGGCUCCCAGUCCAAAUGACUGUACGAGUCCUCUAUUUCGAGCAGAUUCGCCUAACAAAUGCCCUAUCCAGUAGUUCUGGAGAUGGAUUUAUGUCGCAAAAAAUUAGCAGUGGUGUUGCCAGUGCAGCAAUGUCCCCACGAGACAAUUACGCUUCCUUGAGGAGGGAGAACCGAGAACUGAAGCUAGAGAUUUCAAGAAUGCGAGUGAGGCUCAGUGAGUUGGAGAAGGAGCAGGCGUUCAUGAAACAAGGGAUGCUGGAGAAAUCAGGAAAUGGGAAAACUUUCUUGACCUCAAUUUCUAAAGGGAUCGGGAGGAUUGGAAUUUUCAAUGCUCCAACUGGGGGGAAACGACUGAAGCAAGGGAGGAAAUCACGGACAGAAGGGAAAUCUGGUAGGACCAGGAGGCAUUCUGUUUCCUAGUUAAAAGUUCAAUUUUGCAGUUCGGUUUUUGGCGGUGGGACACAGAACAGCGGUAUCAUGCAUUAAUGAAUGCACGGGAGUUUCAGUAGAAACGGGCAGUUUCCGAGCUGAGAUGGUUAUGGUAUAGCAUCGAGCAAAGAGGAAUGUCACCACAAUUGAAGGCUCCAGCUGAGAGAUUACAAGCCAAAUGUUCUACAAGUUGAGAAUAAAUAUAUGGAUGCAAGCAUAAGGCCAUAAUGUAUGAGCAGGUCCCCUCUGCUGCCUGCAUUUACUGGAGUUUAAUCUAGUCAUGAGUUCGCCUGCAAUACAGUCAACAGCCCCCCAAAAAUGUAUGUUCUAUAUUCGUAUGGAAGAGAGGGAGAAGAAUUUGUUACUUUAUUAUUUGUAAUCCACUUUUCUAAAUUAGUAAAUUGUGUUAAAACCUA